CCCUCUCUGCUGCUCCGCGAGCCCAGCGCGCGGUGCUCACUCGGCACGCGGCGCGGGAUGAGGAGGAUGUGAAUCUGGGAUCGGAUUGAGAUAGAACCAGGAUCGGAUUGAGAUAGAACCAGGAUCGGAUUGAUAUAGAACCAGGAUCGGAUUGAUAUAGAACCAGGAUCGGAUUGAGAUAGAACCAGGAUCGGAUUGAGACAGAACCAGGAUCGGAUUGAGAUAGAACCAGGAACGAAUUGAGAUAGAACCAGGAUCGGAUUGAGACAGAACCAGGAUCGGAUUGAGAUAGAACGAGAAUCGAAUUGAGAUAAAACGAGGAUCGGACCGAUAUAUAAAACCAGGACCGGAUCGGAGUUCGGGAGUCAUGGAUGAGAAUGAAGAGAAGUGUGGACAGAAGCGAGGCUGUGCGGAGUGCUGCGUGCGCUGCCUGGGCGGGGUGCCCUACGCCUCCCUGCUGGCCACUGUGCUGUGCUACGCGGGGGUGGCGCUCUUCUGUGGUGGGGGCCACGAGGCGCUGUCGGGGACGCUGGCGCUGCUGCAGGCCGACUUCGGCUUCCCGCACGACCCCGACGUCCUCUUCUUCACCGUCGUGGAGGUGGUGAGGUUCGUGAUCUACGGCGUGGCGGCCGCCUUCUUCCUGUACGGGGUGCUGCUCUUCACCGAGGGAUUCUUCACCACCGCCUCCAUCCGGGACUCCUGCGGCGACUUCAAGACGUCGGCGUGCGGGCGCUGCGUCAGCGCAUGGUUCCUGGGCAUGACGUACGUGCUCGCCGUGGUGUGGCUGGCCCUGCUGGUGCUCUCCGCGCUGCCCGUCUUCGUCGCCUUCAGCGUGCAGGCCUCCUGUGACGUCAUCGGGCCCCCCCUCUUCCUGCCGGCCCCCUCCUCCUCCUCCUCCACCUCCUCCACCUCCUCCAACGCCACACGCGUGUGCAUCGACAUGCGCCAGUACGGGAUCAUCCCGUGGAACGUCAGCACAGGGCGGCUGUGCGACGCUGACCUGGCCAAUCUCUGCAACUCACAGACGUUCAAGCUCACCUACAGCCUCUACAUCGUGGCAUGUGCCGGUGCUGCAGCGACUGUCAUCGCCAUGGUGCACUACCUGCUGGCGCUCUCCGCCAACUGGGCUGCUGUUGGCGCCCUGCGCCGCCUGGGCCACGAGGAGCUGCGCGCCCGCGAGCAGCAGCAGCAGCAGGAGCCACGAGAGGUGGAGUCGGCACGCUCCAAGGAGCGACUCAACGCCUACGCCUAGACCCACCCCCCUCUCUCGCCACGCCCCCCUCUCUCUCGCCACGCCCCCCUCGCCACGCCCCCGCUCGCCAUCCCCCU